GCUCAGGUUCUACAUUGCGUGCUUUCGGGUCGCGGGUAUUUCAGCCUUCGUCAUCGCCGGGCGAUGACCAUCCCGAUCAUUCAGGUUGGCGAGGUCCAUGCCGGGGCGGAGAUGCCGACGAUGUACCACUUCCUCGAGACCUGCUGGGCCCGGGAACCGGUGAAGAUGGUCAUCUUCCAGGGGAGCGGCAUGGCCGCCACGCUGCUGACCGUGUGGAUCGGCGGGCGGCACUGGCUGGCCCUGCGGACGGCGCCCCCGAGUCUGCGGAGGGGCCUCUACAUCCAGGUGGCUAUGCUCCCUGGCGUGCUGGCUGUGCUGUCGAUGCUCACCCUGCUCUGCCCCACCCCGAACCGUUUCCUGUCGAUCGUCCAGAAGACCUACGAAGCGUUCGUCCUCCACAAAUUCGGUGUAUUCAUGUUUAUGAUGGUGCUGGCCGAGAGCGAGCUACUGAGAAUGGAAUCUGGCCGCGCCUGCGAGGACACUGAGAUCGUGAAGAUAGUGCAGGAGGGGCUGGCAAAGGAAGGUCCAAAGAAGCAUUUUGGAGCGUUGCCUUUGGGCUGUUGCUUUCGCUCGUGCAUGUCUGAACAUGACCUCUCUUCGCGCCACCUCUUUUACGUCAACUGGUUCAUACAGCAAUUCGUUCUGUUGGUGCCAGCCCUAGCAGUGGUCUCAGUGUACCUGUUCGGCGUACUCGAAACUCGCACUUUCGUCAAAGUCAUGACCGUCUUUCAUUGGACCAUAGCGGCUUCCAACCUAGUCUGUAUAUACGGUCUUGUGAUCUUGUUCGUUGCGACAAGGCCUCUUCUGAAACGGUGGAACACCAAGCAGAAGUUCAUAGCGAUCAAGGUCGUCCUUGUGAUCUCGAUCUGGCAGGACAGGCUCAUCGAACUUAUAGCCUCGGGCUCCAUCGAGGGGUCUGGCUCCUGCUUCCAGUACUCUGGUUGGGACCUUAUGCUGGACGAUACCACUGGCCUUUGGAUGAACAUGGAGAUCCAUUUUUACUGCGCGUGGGCGCUCGCCCUGGAGAUGGUCCUGGUGGUACUCCUGAUGAGGUCCGCGUUCGCCGUGGAGGAGCUGAAGGUAACGAUGCGGGAGGUCCACCACGACGUCCUGCAGCUGGGCAUGUCCAGGACCCCGGCAUCCGCACCGCCCAGCAGCACCGGAGGCUCUGCGGUGCUCUGCCUCCGCGCCGGCCCCGAGGAGGCGCGGCGGGGCCCGGGCGCCGCCGCCCCCGGCCUGCCCGCCCCGGGGGGCCGCGGCCCCCGCCUCGCCCACACGGCCGGCGCGGCGCCCGCCGCCGCGGACGGCUCGCCGCGGGCCGCGGACUCCGAGGCGCGGGCCGCGGCCUCCGAGGCGCGGGCCGCGGACUCCGAGGCGGGGACCUCUGCAUGACGGCAUCGAUCGUAGGUCCCUCGCGGCGGGUCCAGGCCAUUUGCGAGUAGCUACUUUGCGAGCAGUGGAUCGGGACGACCUGGCUACUUUGCAAGCAGGGGGGCGCGCUCGUCUAAGGAAGGCCGGCCUCUGCAGCAGGGGGCGGGCGAGGCGGCGCAACCCAGCCUACGUCAAGCGCCUUCCUGCUUCAAGAAGCGAUCUGCUUUUGCUGCGUUCUGUUCCUCUCUCUGGGCAGGCCCGAACGCCAUCUACGUCAUCCGCCUGUCUACUGCAUGCUUCUGCCCACAUCUUCCGGCCGACGGGCAUUGUUCCAAGACCCUUUCCCCGGGACCGGCUUUUCAUCCU